AUGCAUAUUCAAAGUAAUGUUUAUGUUGGCCUUAAACCCAGCAACCUGGAACAAAAUACUUUCAGUAGGGAAAUCGCUAGGAAUGGUAUUUCUUCUGCAACUGCCGGUGGUGGUACGGUUACUGCUACUAACUUGUUAGAGAAUUGUGAUUACAUCCUUUUAGCAGUGACAAAUAAUAGAUACAGAGAACAAGUAUUGCAACAAUUACAAGCUUAUAUCCAACGUUCGGAUCCGUUUGAAAAACUUACAAUCUCAGAACCUCAAUUACAAGAUAUAAUGAUCUCUCCCUUUGGUAGUAACUCUGAUGAUGCAAAUGGAAGUUCCCCAUCUCAUAUUGGUUUACUAUCAUCAUGGAUUGAUUUGGAGUGUAUUGAUCUUUUGCAAAGAGAGAUGAGCUAUCAGGUGUUACUGAAUGAAUGUAGAUUGGCACAAUAUAUUGGUAUCAAUAAGUUGAUCCUAGCGCCUCCUCAUGAUAUUAAUAAUCUCAAGGUAUACGCACAGAUGAUCUCUCGGUUAUUGAACCACGACAUCUUUCAAAAAAGGACUUCAAAUAUGAUCUUAUCGGUGUCAUUGCCUAUGUAUGAAGAUAGUGACCCAUUAGCGACUUGGGAUUUAUGGAAUACUAUAAGGAAGUUAUGUGGGUAUCAUCCAUCGUUGAUGGUCUCUUUGGCGUUACCAAGAGUGAAAACACCACAUUAUAUCCUUGAUAGAUGGUUGACUGAACCUGUAUCUAGUUUAUUACUUUCUUCGUCGAUUUUUGCAACUAAUCAAUACAAUUAUCCUGUAUUACAUAAAUUCAAUCAGAAUCUUAUUAUGAAAUUUCAAGAGGUCAAUGGUAAUUCUCAAUUGAAAUCGAAUUCUUUAGUGAUUAUUUUACAUGGUAUGGAAAAAUAUAGAGAAUUUAUCAAAGGUGGAGAAUCUGCAUACUUGGAAUAUAUAAACUUCUUAUUGAAAAGGAAUGAUAAAUUGGCGUUACAAAAUUCUUCACGUUAUUCUGAUAAAUUUCAAUUAAAUCAACCACAAUUAAUGUCUCCUUUAAAACCACAUUCUGAAAAUUUAACUAAUUCAAUUUAUUCCAUCUUUGAGACAGAUGUUGUUAAAUAUGAAAAAUAUGAUGAUGCCAUUAAACAAGCUGUCAUAGACAUUAUAAAACGAAGACAACAGAGAAGCAGACAAGAUAUAACACCUAUAACCAUCUUGGUUGCUGGUGCAGGUCGAGGUCCACUCGUCUCCAAAGUGUACAAUGUUUCCAAGACAUUAGACAUCGGGUCCCAUGUACGUAUCAUUGCCAUAGAGAAAAAUCCCCAAGCAUUUCUUUAUUUACAGAAGAGGAAUUUUGAACAUUGGAAUAAUGAUGUACAAUUGAUCCACGAGGACAUGAGUCAUUGGAAAUCGAAUGAUAAAGUCGAUUUGUGCAUUAGUGAAUUGUUGGGAUCUUUUGGUUGCAAUGAAUUAUCACCUGAAUGUUUAUGGAAUAUUGAACAAAACCAUUCAAAACCAGACACAAUAUUUAUUCCUCAAUCAUAUACAUCUAGCAUUGCACCCAUCACUGCACCAUUAGUGUAUCAAAAACUAUCUGAGGAAUCUAAGAUUAUGGGAGGUGAUGAGCAACAACAACAGCAACAUCUUUUCCAAGAACCAUGGGUGAUGCAUGGUAUACCAUUCCACAUUCUUUCGAACCGAAUUAAUGAAUUAUGGACAUUCAACCAUCCAAGUAAACACAAACCUUCGAAGAAGACAGCGUAUGAUCUAUUCAAUAGGAGUGUGACCACUGAAUUUAAAGUGAAGCAUCGUGGUGAAAUACAUGGUAUUGCCGGGUUCUUUUCUGCUCAUUUGUAUGGUGAUACGUAUCUUUCUAUUAUACCUAAUGGAAUUGGUAUAAAUAAACUUGAUAUUGAAGGAAAUGAUGAAAGAACUAAGAAUUUAUUCUCUUGGUCUCCUUUAAUAUUCCCUUUACAAGAACCGUUAUUAAUCAACGAUGACACAGAGGUGUCUAUCAUGUUUUGUAGACGAAUGGAUGGAGGGAAAGUCUGGUAUGAAUGGUCUGUAGAGAGUUAUGUAUAUUUAGUUCUGUCUAAGCAAGUUGACAUAAGACUAGGUAAAUCAAAGGAUGACACAACAAUGUUACAAAACAAUUUUCAGAAUAAUACCGAGGACAAGCAUAAUACUAAUAAUACUAGUACCAAUAUCAAGCAUAGUAAGCAUAAUAACAACAACAAUAAUAAUAAUAAUAAUAAUAAUAAUAAUAAUAGUAGUAGUACGAUGACACAACCAUUUGAAUUCGAGAGUGCAAUUGAUGAAAAUGGAUUUAUUCCAACGUAUGAAGAUGGAUGGCAAAGUGUACAAAACAUGUAUGAAGAGUUAGGAACAGGUCAAGUCCUUAGAACAGAUGAAUCUGAGGUAAGCCUUCAGGAGGACGAAGACGAAGAAGACAUCAAUGUACGUGUUAAGACUGGAGUGUCCCAAAUACAUAAUGUCAACGGUCAAUAUUUUUACAUGAAGUUUUUAAAAGAAUAA